AUGGCCCAGAGCAUGAGGAUGGUGGCGCUGGCCCUGAUGGCCCUCCUGGUGGUGGCGGCGUCGCUGCCCGCGGCCACCGCGUACGGCUGCUACGACGACUGCUACGAGCGGUGCGCCAACGGCAAGACCGACCCCGCCUGCACCAAGAUGUGCAACCAGGCGUGCGGCACCACGGACCAGGGCGCGACCGGCGGCGCCGCCGCUGGUGCCGCCGGCGGCCCCCCGGCUUGA